AACUAAACCUCUUAAACCGUUGAGAGAAAGGCUCCUCUGUUUGCUCUUUCUUGGAUGGAAAGGCCAGUCUCUCUAGAUCUGUUGAGGAAAUACUCAGCACCUGAUGCCAAGGAUAAAGAAAAUCAAUAAUCAGUUGAUAAAGCCCCUCUUCAAACUGUGUGCAGAAUACCAGAAUUAACCAUAACUUACCAACACCAUGUCAUCCACGAAAGAUGAAGGACCUCUCCCUCCUGGAUGGGAUACUAAAUUUGAUCCACGAACAGGAAGAUAUUACUUUAUCAAUCAUUACACCAAAUCCACGAGUUGGGAGGACCCGCGGGUCCGAUACAAACAGAUUGGCAAAUCAACCUCCAUGUCGUCCACAACUGCAUCAACCAUCAUAGCCACCGCCACAACGACUUCAUCCACAACAGCAACUUCGAAAGAGAACCAAAAGACCACAUCCAACGUGGAGAAAAUCUCGUCGGAUGUGGUUCGCACCAUGAGUCCACCAUCUGCUGCUCCAACUACGAACGCUGAAACCUUACCAUUACAGUCCUAUCCCCUCGGCACCAUUCCACCCUCUUCUGGAGGCGCACAGAGUGUCCCAAGCAUUGGAUCCAAGGGCCGAUCCAAUAGUGGGGAUCUCACUGAUCAACAACUGGCAUUGGCCGCGCUACACGGGCAUGUGCAUCAUGCGGCUGCUUUUCUUCAGGAUGUAUCCAGCCGCCGAAAUAUUGGAGGAGCUAGUAGCCCGUUGAUUGUCGGAAGGACAUCACAAAACACCCAACUCUCCCAUUUUGUGGGUACGACCAGUGGGGGCGUCGGAACUGGAGUCCAAGCCUCGCCCCUUCCUCUUCAACGUCUCCAAUUGGAAGAGUCGCUCAAUGGAACUUUUGGUGGCGGAGGAGGCAGCGCUAGUGGGGGUGGAGGAGGAGGGGGAUCGCCCAUGAGCCAAAGAUCCACCUUUCGGCGCGAAUCGCACGUACUGGCAGAUAUAUCCGAGGUGGAGGACAACUCUGAGCAGGCGUUCCAUACCAUUUCCAGCAUGUUUCCCACAGUCGAUGAGUGUCAUAUACGGGAACUGUUAAAGAAGUAUCACGGCUCACAGGCUGUGGUAAUCAGCGCAUUACAAGUUGCCAAGCACCCAUUCAUCACGCCGGGUCCAUCGUCAGUGUACACACCUCCACCCACUCGUCAUUCGACUUUGCCUGGUGCGGCUCAAACUAUUCUCAAUAAUAUGACGCAUACCGGAUCUUUGCCGCACUACUAUAAUAAUUCCGCCAUGACUCCCAAUUUGGGACAUCGCGAUGUGACCAACUCGGUAUCUUCCUCCGGAUACCCAACCCCUCGACCAGGAUCAGCUGCCUCAGGAUUCGACCAUUCCUUCUCUAUGGGGUCACCACAAAUUGGACAGGGUGGAACGCUCUUUCGAAGUUUUCCCAGGCCACAUUCCUCCCCCAAGAUGAAACUGAGGUACUUAAAGAGUGUUUUUCCCACGGUGGAGGAGUACCUUCUCCUGGAUGUCUUGUCCAAUAGCGACAAUAACGUGCAAAAAGGAGCUGAUCGUUUAGUCAAGAUGGGAUAUGUCAAGAGAGACACACCAAGUGCUCCUCGGCUGCAUGCUCGCAGAAAAGAGGAGGAGAGGCUGGCUGAGAAGCGCACACCCCUUCCCAAACCCCCGCCGAUCAUUUCGGACAAAGAGAAGGAAGAACUCAGGAGAAAAAUGAAGGAAAAAUAUGAGAAAAAAUUCGACAUCCCUGAGAGAAUUCUCUACAUGGCUUUGGAGUCUGUCCUCUUUGACGAGGAGCAAGCCACGUGUUUGAUAAAUUCCAUGAUUGAGGACGACAUGCGACGGAAGAAGGCUAAAGAAGCGGAAAAGGCCAGAGAAAAAGAGAAGAAAAAGUCUCCCAAGCCUACUCGCAAGAACAUCGAAGCCUUGGAACGUCAAUCUAAACAUCUCUCGCCCAAGCAUGAGCCCAAAAAGUCCACUCAUGGCAAAAAGGGUUGGUCAUCUCGAACCAAUCUGAAGGAGGACUCGCGUAGUAGAACGACUCGAGGCACUUGCACCGGAGACCAAGCAGACAGCGGAGCUGACACUUCCAGCCAGCUUGCCAAAGGACCGAAUCCUGGCCUGAGGAGAGGUCCCAAUGAUGAUUUGCUCCUGUGGGGUGUACGUGUUUUGUUUGUUUCAGUACGGAUUAUAUCACUUGGAAUGGACCCAAUCCUGAUAUUCGCCAAGGCUCUGGAAACACGUGCGCUAAAGGACCCAACGCAAAACUACGAAAGGGAGGCGGUUCGGGAUCGAAAGGUCCCAAUUUGUCCUUGCGUAAGGGACCCAUGACCACUUUGGCCAAAGGCUCCAUGUACACGCAUUUGCCAUCGGCUGAAGAAAAUCAAACUACUAGGACUAGUUAGGAUUGAUUAUUGGCUCAAUGGAGAAUGUUCAUCUCUGACGGACUUUGAUGGCAAAUUGGACAAAAGCAAUCUCCAUAGGAUUUCUAAGAUGACAUUCGCGUCUAAAAUGAUGAUGAUUCAUGUGAAUGAAGUGUGAAAUGGAGUUUGAUGAAACGUAAUAAAUUAUCACAACGA